AUGGCCGAUGAGGAAAUUUCAAAAGCGUUUCGCGAUCUGCAGUUCAAAACCAAUGAGACAAGAAUGCGGAUAGUGCAAGGAGAGCAAAAUAAGAAAGUGAAUCAUCAGAAAAUGCGGAUUUCCGAAAGUACGAAGAGAAAUCUGAUCGGUUUGAACGAAGAUCUUAAAUAUUAUCGCUCCGUCGGUCGUAUGUUCCUUCUCACCGACAAAGCUUCCGAGAUUGCCCGACAUGAAACCGAAGCUAAACAGUCAAAAGACAAAAUCGAAGCCAUUGACAAGCAAAAGGAAUAUUUGGAGAAGGGAUUGGUUGAAGCCGAGUCGAACCUUCGUGAAUUAAUUCAAAGCAGACGCUGA